AUGCGCGCAAAAGAUAUUGAUGGCACAUUCUCCCGAAUCACACAUCCACAGUCGUUACGAGGCUAUGUCAAGCUCGCUGAUGAUCCUUGUCAUCGGGAUCACAAUCAUUCAACAGCAAACAAUAAGAAGAGAACAAGAAAUGAUCGUUUUGAAUUUUCUUUCAUACUAGAAGAUGGUCCGAAUGAUGAUGAUCAUGACAACCGAAAGGAAGGAAGCACCUCUUCUCUCGGAGAAACAAAUUGCAUUCAAGUUUCUUUUUCUAAAGUACGGUUAUCUGACGUAGACUUUUCAGAUUGGAUUAGCAUUUGUACAUUUGGAAGAAAAUUAAUCACUCUACAAAACGUAUCGAUUGAGCCUUGUAUUGAUGACUCUGACAGUGACUCUGAAUAUGAAAUCGAAGAAGAAUCAAUAAGCUGUUGUCAUCCAUAUCGAAUUGUUAUUGAUAAGGACUCUUUGGUUCAAGUUGAUGAUGUUGUCUAUGAUCUAGAAUGUGUGGAACCAAAGCAACAAAUUGCUAAAAAGAAGAAAAAACCUGAUUAUAUAUAUACAAAGAUUUCAGAAAUUCAAAGUGAUGGAACCUAUAACAUUUAUGGAGUGGUUUGUGAUUACAAAACUAGAAGAAAAACGGACAUGAAAACAUUUACCAUUACUCUUAAAAUUAUUGAUGAAAGUAGCACAGUGCAGAAUGCUAGUGUUGACUCUCUGCUUGUGACAAUCAAUUAUAACAACGAAAAGAAUAUAUGUAAUUGUCACUGCGUUGGUCAACUAUUUAGAUGUCAUCGGUUGGUUGUGAAAAAAUCAAAAUAUGGAUAUCAAGGAAAUGCAGGUCCAGGAUUUGAUUACUUUUUCAUGAGCUCAGCCAUAGACCAACCAGUGCCAGACGAUCUUUUAUACAAGAAGUCAUUCUCAGAGGAAGAUUUCACACGCAUUACAGAACUCAAAAAUUUCUCUAAUCAUUUCUUUUCGCAAUCAUUUGAUGUAGUGAAACAUAUUCCAGUGAUUGCUUCAGAACAACGGUACUUGCGAGAUUUGGCGGAAGCUAAAACCAGAGCAUCCACUGUUGACGUUGGAUUCUUCUUAGACGUGGUGUGUAAAGUUGAAGAGUGGGAGAGUGAUGGAGGAGAUUCAUUACUACUAACCGUUGAUGACUUGUCUGCAAAAGCUAAGGUGGCUAUCAAAUCUAAUGAGGUCAUUGAUUACUUGGAACAAGAGGUGAAAUAUAUUUUCAAUGAGAAUAGAGAAGUUUGGGUUAAAUUAAGGAAUGUACAUUGUCCACCCAUUGCUGAAUGGGCAGACGGAAGAUACGUUCCACUUCGAUUAUUUAAUGGAUCUGUGGUCAUACUUCCACAGAAACAUUUUUACAUUAGUCGAUGCUUGGAAAAAUCAAAAAACAAUGUUCUACAACAACCCAGCACAGAAAAUCGUCUAUGUCCUGCUGGAGGUCAAGGAAACAUUGAGAGUAUCAUCUCAACCACUACUACUACAACCAAAAUUGAUUAUUCACAGGCACCUAUUACCCCUCUUUCAGAAAUUAUUCACAACACCAUAAUUCCUUUCAAGUACAGAACGAGGGCGAAGGUUGUUGAUUAUUUUCCAAAGCAAAUUGAAGAAUUUACUAGACCCAGCUCACAAGCAUCUUCAUCCACUCUCCAAGAGUACCGAUAUUUAUUCCAGAUCAAGCUUGUGGACGAGACAGGAUCCAAUUCUUUACCUUUAUUUCUCUUUGAUAAGGAGGCUGAAUACUUUUUACAACUUGCCCCGUGUAAUCUUCAUGAAAACACAACAACCAAACGCUUGAUUGAGAAGAAAAUUACUGAAUUGAUACAAUCCAACGACCUGAAGGAUUUCUGCCUACUAUCGUAUCGAGUAGCUCCAUCUUCACACGCCUCUACUAACAGCAAUCAGUGCACCAGAUUUAGCGUGUUUGGUACUAUGCUGUGUGAAUUGUAA